UUUUUUUUUGGUAUGACUGAUAAGCUAUGAAUAGAUGUUGCUUAUGCAGUCGCCUUUUCUUUACUGUUGUUGCAUACUGAUGCACAUAAUAAGAACGUUAAACAGAAGAUGACUAAAGAAACAUUUAUAAUGAGAACAAAAAUAGUUGAAGGUGGAGAAUGUGUCCCGUCAGAAAUACUAGAUAUUAUGUAUGAUAACAUUGUUAGUUCAGAAUUCACCUAUGCUGAUUCUGCAUUAAAUACAGUUAAUAAUGCUGCCAAUGAUAUGAAUCACCAUUUGACAACAGCAAUGAGACAAGAACGAUCUAAUUCAUGGUUUGCAAGAUUCAAGGGCAGCAGCAGCAGUAGUAGUUACACUGAUAGUUCGGCGGAUACUAACAAUUCGGUGACAUCGCUUUGUAAUCAUCAUAACAAUAGCAGUCUAUCUCUGAACAAUGCUAUGUUGAACGAUCUUGGUCAAAAAUUAGAACGAUUAAUGCCUGCCGAGAACAGCUUCAGUUAUAAACGAUCAUUGAAGCCAAUUCCCAUUAUGGAACUACAUUUCGCUAUUUUAAAAGCGAAAACACUAUGUCUAUCAGGUGUCAAAAGCAAACACUACCACUAUCCCCAUAAUAGCAGCAGCAGCAAUAGUAACACAUACACUAUAAGAGUAACAAAGGCAGCUAUUUUAGAGAGAAAAUACGAUUUGAUACAGGGCGGUAAAAGAGCAACAGCGAGAAGUUGGAGAUCAUUUGGCGUUAUUUUAAGUGGAAGUCAAAUCAUCUUUUUCUCAGACGUAACCUCAUUUCAAGAAUGGUUAAAGAGCCAAAGCAGCAGUAGUAAUGAUAAUGGUGAUGUUAAUAUACCUCCUAGAAGAAAUAACAGUUACCCUUCUAUUUCAAAAGCAACAAAUACAGCCACAACGAUCGAAAAUAGCGACAAUAUACCCUCAUCUCCUACAUUAUCAUUAUCAUCCACUACUACAACUAUGACCAAUAUAUCAACCAUGUUAAGCAGUACAGCCACACCUAAUUUGCGACCUGUACAGAUUAUAUCACUAUCUUACGCUAUUUGUAUUUAUGAUGAAGAAUAUACAAAGUAUCCUCAUGUAUUUAGAUUAAUCACUGGUGACGGACAGCAAUUCUUAUUUAAAGCGGAAAAUGAUAAAGAUAUGGAUGAUUGGAUGUUGAAAAUUAAUUAUGCCGCUACUUUAAAAACAACCGGUAUUAAAAUCAGAUCUAACGAUGGUAAGGAAGAUAUGGCCAAGGAAAAGAUAGAAGAAUUGUCACGGCGUAUCAGAGAGCAGGUGAAAUUACUGGACCGCGAACUACAACUUCGACGUAACUUGAUGGUGCUGGUUCCCAAUCAAAAGUCCACAAAAGACCGAAUCAUUCACUAUGCUGAUACCUUAGGGAAAAGGAUAAAACAAAAGAGACUAGAUUUACAGAGAUUGGAAUGCUAUAGAGACUGUUUGGAAGCAGAAUUAUUGACAACUCAGCAAUUGAAUUCUUCACGAAGGAAAAUGUCCUUACCUUUACUACCACCUUCUUCGAGUCCAACAUCUCGAAAUAGUCAUCUAUACUCUGUACUCUCUAAACAACAAAAUUCUAACAAUACAUUGCCAGCGAUAAGCAGUAAUAAUAACACCAAUAGGGCAGUCUCGAAUUCACUAUUUACAUCUCAAAAAACCACCAACAACACAAAUAAAAAUGUCAUCUCAGAUAGUACCAGUACUAAUAUCAGCGAUUAUAGCAAUAGUCAUAGUCCUAAUAGUAGCAACGUCAGCGGUAGUGUCAGUAGUGGUAGUAGUAAUGUUAGUUCUUUGCAUAGUGCGCAAAGCGAAGAAGAUAAAGAUAUUCCUCAAUUACCACCGUUUCAAUUUCCACAGAUAUUAUUGGAGGAUAACAAAAGAGAUGAAGAUAAGCAGGAUGCUCACACGUUUCGCAGACGUAGAAGUCAAAGUAACCCCACCGCUAACACCACUGCUACAAGUAUGAUAAAUAAGCUAUUAUUGAGCGCAACGAUUAAUCAUCACCACCCACAGCAGCAUAAUAGACAUAGGAGCGCAUCAGAAGCAUCUUCUUUACAAGUAGCUGAUGAUGAGGAUCUGAGCAUUCUGCAACAACAUUGAUAUGCCCAUUGUACCAGUGUUGUGUAGGAAAGAAUAAAGCGAGUAUAACGUAAACAGGAUAGAAUAAAUACUUAUGAUUGAUGAAAGAGAUAAAUUAAGCACUUCCUGAUAGGUUGCAACGAGAUUGUUUAUCCAUUUUAGUGGUACAAAGUUUAGUACUUGCUCAAUAAUAGUUAGUCAACAAUUGCUUUCUUUUACAUUUCAGAAAGUGAAAUGUAAUACUUACUCAUUUAGUAGUGGUUUGACCGAAUCUUCUAUAUGUGCAUCAUGAGCUGUAAUGAUGCCUGGUGUAAUGCUCACCGUACCGUCGAUAUCAUGGUCGGUUGGUGUUUGUCAUGUUGCAUAAAACACCAUGCAGUAACUGUCGAGGUGGGGUUGGGAGAGGAUU